AUUUUGCGGAAAUGCUUAGUCAUCAUAUUUUACAAAAAAUGGCAGGCAUAAAAAUGGCAGCUUCAGGGCCAGUUGUUUCCAUGUAUCAAAAUUUGAUAAAGGAAUGGACAAAAAAGCCUGCCAACUUGGAUAAUGUUGGAAAACUGUUGACACAGUUAAAGCUUGCGUUAACAGAACUGCAGUUCAUGCCCACCUCUGGUACUAAUCCUUCACCACAAGAACUUGUUGUAGCUAGAGAUGUCCUGGAGAUCGGAGUUCAGUACAGCCUGGAAAGAAAAGAUAUUCCAGCAUUUGAAAGAUACAUGUCUCAAUUAAAAUGCUACUAUUUUGAUUACAGUGGAGUGCUUGCAGAGUCACCAUACCUUUACCAAUUGCUUGGAUUAAAUUUGAUGUGUCUGUUAGCACAAAACCGGUUAGCUGAAUUUCACACAGAGUUAGAAUUAUUACCUGCCAAGGAAUUGCAAGAGAAUGUUUAUAUAAGAUGCCCAGUUGCAUUAGAGCAGUAUUUGAUGGAAGGAAAUUAUAACAAGGUUUUUUUAAGCAAAGGAAAUGUGCCUGCUGAAAGUUAUCAUUUCUUCAUCAAUAUUCUCUUGGAUACAUUGAGAGACGAAGUUGCUGUAUGUAUUGAAAAGUCAUACAAUAGAAUAUCUCAGAAGGAGGCUUGCAGAAUGUUGUUUUUCGACAAACAAAAGGAUUUGUUGUCUUAUACUGGGAAGAGAAACUGGGAAUUGGACGUCACUAAGAAUUACAUUUUUCAAUCACAAGUUCACCAACAAAAAGAUAUUCCAUCGUUAAAAAUUAUUGAACAUUGUUUAUCCUAUGCUAAAGAGCUGGAAAGAAUUGUAUAGAGUCUAUGGAUUUUGGAGAAUUUCUUUUUUUUAUAUUCUGGCAAAUUGUUUACUUGAAUGUUUUCAAAGUGUUGUGGGUAGAUUGGAUUGCUAACGUCUAUUAUUUAAUAAACGCAGAACUGAUGAAGUUGUUUAGUAUCCUGCUUGGUUUGCUGUGUUAAACUUCUAAAAUAGAAUAAAUAAAUAAGAAAGGA